AGUUCGUCUCAUAUCCAAUUCAGCCAAACUAAAGACAGACGGUCGGUCGUUAAUGAUUUACGUAGUCUUAUACAUUCGCCUUAGCUGCAUUCAUCAGUGUUAAUAUCUGCAGCCAGACCCUGUUGCUCCAGUGGGGGGUUAAUUUAGUAUUAGACGAAUGCUCACCGAGAAACGUGGGAGGUGGAGUUCCUAACUGUUUAAAAUCCACAGUUUGCAGAUGCCACCUACAGACCAAUUCGGCAAAAACCAGCUUCUGCAGUAUUUUCAGUUUGGUACCAGCUAACGAUCGCUGUUCCAUCGACUGCUCUUUACGCACAGUGCGGAACAAGAAUAGCACGAGAAUGUCGAUGGAACUAGACGUAUUUGUGGGGAACACCACCAUCAUUGAUGAAGAGGUGUACCAGCUGUGGUUGGAUGGGCAUUCAGUGAGUGAUGCGGUGAGGAUGCGGCUAGAGAGUGGUGCUCUGAGCGAGUGCGAGGCCAGUGGAGAAGUACUGCACAGUGACACCAUGGACCAAUACAGAACCUUCCAGAUGUGCGAGCGACUCCUUCAUUGCCCUUCUAAGCUAGCCAAUCAGCUGCUUUUCCAGAUUCCUGCCCAUCGCCAGGCCAUGCUCAUUGAGAGAUACUAUGAGUUUGACCAUACGUUUGCCAGAGAGGUUCUGGGAAAGAAACUCUCUAAAGGGACCAAGAAGGACUUAGAUGACAUCAGCUUAAAGACUGGGGUUGCUCUGAAGAGCUGCCGUCGACAGUUUGAUAAUUUCAAGCGAGUGUUUAAAGUGGUGGAGGAGCUGAAGGGCCCCCUGGUGGAGAAUGUGCAGCAUCACUUCCUGCUGUCUGAUUCACUGGCCAGGGACUACGCUGCUGUUGUAUUUUUUGCAAACAGUCGCUUUGAGACAGGGAAGAGGAAGCUGCAGUAUCUAUCUUUUCAGGAUUUUGCCUUCUGUGCUGGCCAGCUCAUCAGCUAUUGGACUGUAGGGGCCAUUGAUAACAUGAUGGAAGACAUGGAUGUAGAUCUGGAAAAAGAGUUUCUGCAUGAUUUGAAAGACCUGAAGGUUCUGGUUAAUGAUAAGGACAUGCUGGACCAACAUAAAAGCCUAGUGUGUUCACAGCUAAAGGGAAAAAUCAAAGUCUUCAGUGAGAUGGAGGCCAACUUUAAGAAUCUCUCUAGAGCCUUGAUUAACAUCGCCUCCAAACUCACAAAUACCAAAGACGUGCGAGAUUUGUUUAUCGAUCUUGUGGAAAAGUUCAUUGAACCGUGCCGAUCUGAUAAAUGGAUGGUUGGAGACCUGACACUUUUCCUCACCCUCUACACUAGCACUGCACACACACUUGAGAUGUUCAGGUACCAAGUGAUAUGGGAAAGAUACAUGGGCGUCAUUAAAAGCUGCAUCCUGAAAAUGUAUCAUGAUUAAAACAGAGUUCCCCUCAAACCUCUUCUAUCUCCUCACCUCAUAGCUGGUCUCUGUGGUGUGAUAUUUGCAUUAUAUAUGUUCUCCUUUUAGCACCUUCUAUAAAACUGUUGUGAGCUCAGUUUGUUAGUGUUAAAUUGUUUGUACUGGAGACUAUAAUGAGUAAAAAUGUUUUACAUAGAAACGGUUGUUGAU